AUGGAGGCUGGAUUUAUCUCGCACGGGUUUGUCCGCACCUCUCUCGUCAAUUCUUUCGGGAGAUCCGGGAAACUAGCCGAAGCUCGCAGGAUCUUUGACGAACACUGCGAUGAGAAGGAUAUUUUUUUGUGGAACACCAUGCUUGGUGUCUAUGCCGACCAUGGAGAAGCCGAGGAAGAUGGAGUGUUUUUGUUUUGGAGGCUACACUUGGAAGGUUUGAAGGCUGACAGGAUAACUCUCACGACCAUGGCCAGCGCUUGUGACAGUCCAGAGCUUCUUCGGGGAAGCACUCGCAUCCACGAUCACUGUGUGGAGCUCGGCUACAUGACCGACGUGGUUACCUCAAACUCCAUCAUCACAAUGGACGCAAGCUGUGGUAACUGGGAGGAAGCUGUCGCCAUCUUUCGAAAGUCACAGCACAGGGAUGUGGUCACUUGGAGCGCAGUGAUCGCUGGCUACUUUAAGCAAGGACGUCACUCUCCAGGGAUCAGAUUCUUCCAAGAGAUGGUUCUCGAGGGACUCAAGCCAAGCAAAGUUACGCUGGUGGCAAUGCUCGGUGCCUCGGGAUUGCUUUUGGAGGAGGCCAAAAAGAUACACGCCGGUGUUGUGGCGAUUGGGUCUGAAAACGACUCUACAAUCGGGAAUGCCAUGGUUAGGCUGUAUGGAAGGUGUGGGAGCACUCUUGACGCGAAUAAAGCUUUCGACAAGCUGGGAGACAAGAGCGUUGUCUCGUGGAGCGUGAUGAUUUCGGCACUCUCUCAACACGGUAACAUCGACCAAGUCCACAGGCUUUUACACCAGAUGCAACAGGAAGGACUCAAGCCAAACCAACAUCUCUUAGGACGAGCAGGGUGGCUGGCCAAGGCAGAAGCUUUGAUGGUUGGUAUGCCAUUUCCUCCAACUUUGGUGAUGCUAAAGUCGCUGUUGGGAGCGUGUGGAACAUAUGGAAAUCUGGAACGUGGUCAAAGGCUUGCUCAAGAGAUUACAUGUUCUGUGUUCAUGUUCCCAUCCCACCACGGCAGCAUUCCGGGCGACGGAUGGAAUGCUUUUGAGGGACGGUCUGGGCAGGAUUAUGGGCCAUCGCCCGAGCGUCAUAUAGAGGGUUCGCAGCGCAAGGGAUGGGCGCAAAUCCAGGACACCCGGGCGGAGGCACGGAUCCUGAAAGGAGGGAGGCACGUCUACCUCAAGAUCGUGCACCGUGACGACGACGUCGCCCAGCGCAGGUUUGCCAGGGAUGUCGCGGCGGCAAAGCUGGAAAAUGGGAUCUUGGAGCUGCAAGGAGCGCCAUCGGCCGUUUGGAUCCAUCCGAACUAUGUCCUCUUGGAGGAGCUGAUUGAGCGCGAGCUGGAACAAGCCCGCUGGCACUGCUUCCAUGUCGUUGGGACUCCGGGGAUUGGGAAGAGCUACUUCGCCUUGUACUGGCUCUACAAGCUCGCGCGGCGAAAGACGCGAGUUAUCCACUGCCUCGAUCGCGAUGACCACCGUCAUGGUGGGGAUGGCGAUGACGAUGGCGAUCGAGAUAAGUGGUUUCUCUACGACUUCUCUCUCGAAGAUCCUCUUGUCUGGACCGGGCCGAGAUACUAG